AGGAUUUUUACAGGAAAAUUAAAAUGAAAGUACAAUUGGGUUCACUUUAAGGGCGUGAUGCAGGAAAGAGGAUGAAGAUCAGGGUGAGUCACACCAGAACUGAACAUUCCACUGUGCAACUUCCAAACUUCAGCUUCUGCUACCGGACUGCUGACAAAAAAAACAGGACUGAGACUGCCUCAGAGGGUAUGUCUCCACAGCAAAAGCUGUGCAACAGCUAGCCUACCCAAGCAACUGUGAAUACAUCUGGCGCAGCUAACAAGAGUAGUAAAGACCGUGCAGCCCUGCAUAUGUACUCUGUUUGCGAGCUGGUUCUGAAGCCUGCAUUGCACUGUCCUCACUGUGAUUGUUAUGUGCAUUAGCUGGAUUAAAGCUAUCUUAGCUUUUGCCAUGGGGUUGGGUGAAAAUACCUCAAUGGACUAUUAUGAGGACAAUGGUGAAUCAAACUUCACCUUUGACUACACUCAGUUUGAAAUGCUUUGUGAAAAGGAGGAGGUGAGAAAUUUUACUAAAUUGUUCCUACCUGUGUUUUAUUCACUGGCUUUCAUUGUGGGAAUUGCAGGAAAUUCCUUAGUGGUGGCAAUCUAUGCCUACUGCAAGAAACCAAAGACUAAGACAGAUGUUUAUAUCAUCAACUUGGCAAUUGCUGAUCUGUUACUGCUAUUCACCCUCCCUUUCUGGGCUGCAAAUGCAGUCAGCGGAUGGAUGCUUGGAAACAUCAUGUGCAAGGUCACUUCUGCUUUAUACACCAUGAACUUCAGCUCUAGCAUGCAGUUUUUGGCUUGUAUCAGUGUGGAUAGAUAUAAUGCCGUUUCCAAACCCCAAAGUCACCAAAGAGGUGGAAAGCAAUGCAGCGUAACUUGUAUCUGUGUCUGGCUGGCUGCCAUUUUGUUGAGCAUUCCUGAACUGAUUUUUAACACAGUCAAGAAAAACGGUGACCGGUAUGGAUGCUUUCCUGUAUUUCCAGUGGACCUGGGAACACUCCUUAAAGCAACCAUUCAAAUCCUGGAAGUUACGCUAGUGUUUGUGUUACCCUUCCUCGUCAUGCUGACCUGCUACUCAGCUAUUGCCAGAGCAUUCUUUAGGUCUCCAAACGUUCAAAAAUCUAGGCCCCUCAAAGUUCUGCUGACAGUAGUGGCUGUUUUCAUUGUCACUCAGCUGCCUUACAAUAUAGUCAAGUUCUGGCGAGCCAUAGAUGUCAUCUACUUGCUGAUUACAGACUGUGACAUGAGUAAAACCAUAGAUGUUGCCCUCCAAAUAACUAAGAGUAUAGCCUUGUUUCACAGCUGCCUAAACCCAAUCUUGUACGUCUUUAUGGGAGACUCUUUUAAAAUGCACAUUACGAAAAUCGCCAAAAAUUUGGGAUAUUGGAGGAGAAGUCGCAAUUUACCAACCGAAGAGAUUUCUAUGAAUUGUGCCGGCCACACAGAAGAAACAAGUAGCUUUACUAUAUAGCAGUUGUAGCACCGUCUCUAACCAGUGUAACAGACGGGAACAAUUAUAAUGCAUCUGAGAGCUAUUUCCACUUUGAUUAAACUUAAACAUCCAUGUUACUCUGCAAGUCAAAUCUGAAGUGAUGUUCUGACACAUGAACAGCCAAGAUGUUGCAAAGAAAUUCAAAAUAGAAUAAGACCAAAAACCAUAUAGUAAAGGUAAUGGAAACAACAGAAACAGAGUUCAGCUUGAGCGCUUGAGAAAAGUGAGAUUUAAAGGGUCACAGUGCUAAGCCAUUAAUUAGAUGAGGAGUGAAUGGACUACAUACCGAUAUGCUAAUCACAACAAAUAUAUACUUAAUACGUUAAAAAAAAACAUGAUGGCACUGAAUUUUGUACCCCAGAGUUAAUAAUGUUCAGCCCUUUAAAAUGUAACCUUCCAGAGUUGCUUCUCAAAACUGUUUCAGGUCUUCCUAUUGAUUUUAAAUAUUUGUGUGAAAUUGCAACUCUGUUUUUCCUUAGUUGUCACUUCACAAAUGGCCUGUGAGGCUUGAGCUGAGGAAAUAGUUCAUCUCUGGUAUUUCACAGAGGCAGCAGCAAACAGUAAACUAUGGUCCAGUGUCUUAUGAUUCCAAAUAUGUGUGGCAUGUUUAAAAGAGUUCCUUUUCUGCAACAAUACAGAAUGCCUUUUAAUUAUAUUCUGCUUGCACUAGAUUGCAAUGAGUCCUAUUUCCUAUUACAUGCACAUGUCAAAUCUUUGGUUUUAAAUCCAUAUUCAUGUGAGAUUACUCAGAGCUUCAUUUUGGUCAUUUCCUGGAAGGCAAUUCACAUUUCCAGUGACCUCUAUAAAAUGCUUUGGGAACUGAUGUAACAAUCAGCAAUGAAAAUGUCUUACAUUUUGCAGAUGACACUUAUGACCUAAUUUGGAACACGUAGCCCUAUAAUGUUACAGAAAAUUAGUUUUGAUUUGUAUGCAUUGUAUGCCUUUAUGGAUAUUUUGCAGGUGCACUUCAGGCACCAAUCUCUGUAGCUUUAGCACACAGACUAUAAAUAACUGGCUGAAGCAAGAGAGCAUAUUUAUAAUCAAUAGUUCAGGAGUGGAUAGUCAUGGUCCUUAAGGAAGGAAUUAGUGAGAUUAAAAGUACUGGCCUGUGAUAGCUAGAAGAUUGACAAUUUAAAAAAUUGUCUAUAUAAUUGUUACAUUUAAGAGUUUAAAGAAUAGAAGGAAACUGAGUACUCUCUGCAA